AGAACUUUUCAACAGAAGUUUGUUGUCACUGUGUUGUUUAUAAACAAAUAGCUAUAAAAUCGUAAUUCUAAAUUUAUCUUUUGAAAUGAUGAAUUGAAUAUAUAAACUUUUGAAAAAUGCAUUUGGGUUUAAAAGAACUCAAUUUUUGCCAACAAUGAAACUACACACUAUUUCUUUUAAUUAUUAUUAUAAGGAGACGUUAUAAAAUCAACCUUCUUUAAACAAUUCAAUUGAUACAAUGUGUGUCAUAAAAAAUUUACAUAAUGAAUAAUUUUAAAUCGACCAUGUAUCCUUUCAUUGAAUGAAUAAGAGCAAACUUUUUUUGAAUGGUAAAUGUGCUUGUAAAGGAAGAAAUACUGGGGACCUAUUGAUUGAUAAAUAAGAGAAAUUUUAGUAAGUAUCGUUGUGCUAAUAAAGGGAUAAAAAAGUAUAGAGUAAACCUAUUGCUGCAGUUACGUUAAAAUAUUCACUUUACAUUAUUGCUGAAAAGAUAUCGUGUUCAUAGUCCGGGUCCAUGCUACAUUCAUUUUUUUUUUUUCGAUUUGUGUUGUUUAAUGUACUUUGGUGAGAGUUUUCUAAUUGAAGAAAAGAAUAUUCAUUAUGAUUAAGAUCAUAUUUUUGCCUUGGUACAGGAAUAAAACACGUAUAUAUGAAUAUUCAUUUAUAAUAUUCAAAAGAAGGAAUUAUCAGCAUUAUAGUUAAAGAAAAGGCCUUAUUCAUACAGUUUGUGGUGAAAAACAUUGUUUCAAAAUAAAAAUUUACAUUCUUCUAUUUAUAGUAAAAAAGCAUAUUUAUUUAUGCAAUGUGCAUGAUAGAGAAUUUAAAGGGGACCUAAAAUGCCUUUAGAUUGAUAUUUUUGUGUUCAAACUCAUAUAAGUGUAAAAUAUAUUGAUGCAUACUAAUUAAUUCUACAUUCUUGAAUUUUUCCUGGAGAAAUGACUUAUUCAUGCAGUUUGUGUGAAAAAGCUUUCAAUAGAGAAAGUCAUUUAACUGACCAUUUUCGUAUUCACACAGGGGAGAAGCCUUAUUCAUGUGAUUUGUGUGAGAAGAAAUUUUCAUUGAAGUGUAAUUUAAAGAGGCAUCGUCGUAUUCAUACUGGUGAAAGGCCUUAUUCGUGCUGUGUGUGCGAUAAAACAUUUAACCAGCAAAGCCAGUUGACCAGCCAUUCUCGUAUUCAUUCUUUGGAACAACCUUACACAUGCUGUGUGUGUAAUAGAAGAUUUUCACACAAGAGUAAUUUAAAUAUACAUUACCGUAUUCAUACCCAAGAGAAGCCGUACGCUUGCAGUAAAUGUAAUAAAACAUUCAGAGAAACUAAUAAAUUAAAAAUACAUUUUCGCAUUCAUACGGGAGAGAAGCCUCAUGCGUGCAGUGUGUGUCAUAAGAGAUUUUCUAUCAAACAUACCUUAAAAUAUCACUGUAUGUACGCAUGUGCAACAAUUAAGAACUCUGCUUAAAAACAUUUUUGUAUUCAUGCUCAUUUAGAUCUAAGUUAUCUCAAUUUUUUCUUAAAUUGUCUUCCUUUUUGAAUGCAAUGUCUUAAUUUUAACCCACUGAUGGUUCCGCACGUAAAAAGUUGUAUUUUAACCAGCAGUUUUCUCUGCAUAGCAAAACUGGUUUUUUCAAUGUUAUUAGAUAGGGAAAUAGUGUGUAGGGGUAACACAUUGUUCCAAUUUUGCCCAUUUGCUAAAUCGUCAGUGGGUUAAUUAAAUCGUUAAUUGCCUUAAUUAAACUUUUCAUUUUUUCAACAAAAAAAUGAUUGUAGAAGUAUUUCACUGUUAGUAUUUAUUUCGUAGAAACAAGAUAAUUCUGUCUACCAUAAUAUAUUUACAUUAUAUUUGAAGUCAAUGUUAUUGCACAGUGUAUGGAAUAUUUACUUAUAACUUUUUUCGCAUACUGAUCUUUUUUUUUUUUCUUUUUUUUUUGUAGUCUGGUAUUAACAGAUUCCCUGAUUAUCCAGACUUAUCUUUGGUUCAUUAACAAAUCAUUACUAAAAAUUGGUUACAAAAAAAAUCAUUACUAAGUUAUGCACGCUAAUAAUAAAAAAAUUUUAUUGUUAAAAGUUCUUAUGAUAUAUAUAUUACCGUCAAUGAG